GCACGGCGAGGCACGGUAUAUAAGAGGAGGGAACAGGGAGCCGCAGCCACUGUUGCGCCUCAAGUCUGCCAGACUGGAUGUAGAGCGCCAAAGAAGCGGACCAAAACGCCCUUUACGCAGGGGGAGAUACUGGGGAUCCCACUUCUAAUUCAAUGGUCCCUGGAUUCAAACCAUCGUCCAGUCCAUAAUCGAUUAAUUUCGUCGUUGCUGGUGGAUAUUUGCUUGAAUUUUAUUCUUUAUUUUUAUUCAAUUUCACAGGAGAAAUGAAACUGUGGAGACAUCUCUUCUUGUUUUUAUCUGUGUUUCAUCAAGCAGCAUCUCAAGAUGAAGAGCAGUUGGACGAGACAUCAUUUGACUUGUUUGAAAUCAGUCAUAUCACACGGAAGACUCUGGGUGCCAAACAAUUUCGGGGCCAAAAUUUAGAUGCCCCUGCCUACCGCUUCAUCCGCUUUGACUUUCUGCCUCCAGUAGAUCCCCCAAUACUCAAACAAAUACUGGAACAGAUCCAGAACAAUGAGGGCUUUGUCUUUGUGGCCAGUAUGCGGCAGGAUCACACCUCACGCGGCACUCUGGUGGCUCUGGAGGGUCCUGGUGGCAGGCGACAAUUUGAGAUCAUAUCCAAUGGACCGGCCAACACUCUGGAUCUAGUGUACUGGGUCGAUGGCUCACAAAACGUGGUCUCAUUCGAGGAUGUGGACCUAUCUGACUCUCAGUGGAAAAAUAUCACACUUCAUAUUCACGGGGAGAACGCAAACCUUUUUGUGGGCUGCAACCUGUUAGACAGCUUUGUCCUGGAUGAGCCGUUCUAUGAGCACCUGCGGGCUGAAGGGAGUCGCAUGUAUGUCGCAAAAGGAUCCAACCGAGAAAACCACUUCAGGGGCCUUCUUCAAAGUGUGCGUUUCAUCUUUGACACGCCGGUGGAAAGCAUUCUCCAAAACAGAGGCUGUGAGGUCAUAAAGCAAGAUGAUCCUAACACUGUGAGAGAGAGCACAGAAGUGAUAGACGUAAGGCCCUCCAUCACCACCAACAUCAUAGGUCAGAAGACGGAUGACCUUGGCUCAGAUAUGUGUGAACGCUCCUGUGAGGAACUUAGCACCAUGUUCCACGAGCUCAAAGGACUGCGUGUUGUCGUCAGUAACCUCAUCGACGGUUUGCAAAAAGUGACAGAGGAGAACACAGUCAUGAAGGAGGCCCUUGGGAGAAUGAAAGAGACUAAGGAGAAAAACAUGUGCUGGCAGGAUGGUCGCCUGUUUGAAGAUAAGGAAGACUGGGUUGUAGACAGCUGCACUAAAUGUACCUGCCAGGAGUCCAAGAUUGUGUGUCAUCAAAUAACAUGUCCUCCAGUGGCCUGUGCAAGCCCGUCAUUUGUUGAUGGUGAAUGCUGUCCUGUGUGCAUGCCAAAGGAUAGUGAAGAUGGUUGGUCCCCCUGGUCUGAGUGGACAGAGUGCACAGUCACCUGUGGGAUAGGAACUCAACAGAGGGGUCGGUCAUGUGACGCUACCAGCAACCCCUGCAGUGGGCCUUCCAUCCAGACUCGGAAGUGCAGCCUGGGCAAAUGUGAUAGUCGCGUUCGCCAAGACGGAGGGUGGAGUUUGUGGUCACCAUGGUCGUCUUGCUCCGUGACGUGUGGGGAGGGACAAAUCACCAGGAUACGCCACUGCAAUGCUCCUGUGCCACAGCUGGGGGGCACAGACUGUGAGGGCAGUGGAAGGGAGACUCAGAACUGCACUGCCACGCCAUGUCCGAUUGAUGGCGGAUGGGGGCCGUGGUCUCCAUGGGCUAGCUGUUCUGCAACCUGUGGAGGGGGCAUAAAAAGUCGGACGCGCGAGUGCAACAGCCCUCAACCUCAGCACGGUGGCAAGAAGUGUCUUGGGGAAGCAAGUGACAGUGACAGUUGUAACAAGAAAGACUGUCCUAUUGAUGGCUGCCUCUCUAACCCCUGUUUUGGUGGAGUGGACUGCAGCAGCUCUCCAGACGGCUCUUGGGAGUGUGGUCCAUGCCCGGCUGGUUUUCGUGGAAAUGGUACCCAUUGUGAGGACAUUAAUGAGUGUGACAUGGUGUCUGAUGUUUGCUACAAAGUCAGUGGAACACAGCGCUGCGUCAACACAAAUCCAGGUUUCCACUGCCUGCCCUGUCCAAAGCGAUACAAGGGGACCCAGCCUUUCGGCAUGGGUGUGGAAUCGGCCAAGAGAAACAAACAAGUUUGUGAGCCAGAGAACCCAUGCAAAGACAAAACUCACAGCUGUCACAAAUUCGCCGAAUGCAUUUACAUCAGCCAUUUCAGUGACCCGAUGUACAAGUGCGAGUGUCGAACUGGUUAUGCCGGGGACGGCUUCAUUUGCGGCGAAGACUCAGACUUGGAUGGAUGGCCCAAUCAGAACCUUGUAUGUGGAGCCAAUACCACCUAUAACUGCCAGAAGGAUAACUGUCCUGAUUUACCAAAUUCUGGACAAGAAGACUUUGACAGAGAUGGUCAAGGAGAUGCUUGUGAUAAGGAUGAUGACAAUGAUGGAAUCCUGGAUGAAAGGGACAACUGCGCCCUUCUCUACAAUCCACGUCAGUUUGACUUUGACAAAGAUGAAGUGGGUGACCGCUGUGAUAACUGUCCCUAUGAACACAAUCCGGCACAGAUCGAUACAGACCAUAAUGGAGAAGGAGACGCCUGUGCAGUGGACAUUGAUGGAGAUGAUAUUCAUAAUGACAAUGACAACUGCCCCUAUGUUUACAACACUGACCAGAAGGACACAGAUAUGGAUGGAGUUGGUGACCAGUGUGACAACUGCCCAUUGCUUCAUAACCCUGACCAGUCAGACAUAGACAAUGACCUGGUUGGAGAUCAGUGUGACAAUAAUCAGGACAUUGAUGAAGAUGGCCACCAAAACAACUUGGAUAACUGUCCAUAUGUGGCCAAUGCCAACCAGGCUGACCAUGACAAGGAUGGCAAAGGAGACGCAUGUGACUAUGAUGAUGAUAACGACGGGGUACCUGACGACAAAGAUAAUUGCAGACUUACACCCAACGCAGACCAGGUGGAUUCUGAUGGUGAUGGAAGAGGGGAUGCCUGCAAAGACGACUUUGACAACGACAGCAUCCCAGAUAUCCUUGAUGUUUGUCCGGAGAACAAUGCCAUCAGUGUGACAGAUUUUAGGAAGUUCCAGAUGGUCCACUUGGAUCCAAAGGGAACCACUCAAAUUGAUCCCAACUGGGUGGUAAGACACCAAGGCAAAGAACUAGUUCAGACUGCCAACUCUGAUCCAGGAAUUGCAGUAGGUUUUGAUGAAUUCAACGCCGUGGACUUCAGUGGAACAAUGUAUGUAAACACAGACAGAGAUGAUGACUAUGCUGGCUUUGUGUUCGGAUACCAGUCGAGUGGGCGUUUCUAUGUGGUGAUGUGGAAGCAGAUCACCCAGACCUACUGGGAGUACAAGCCAUCCAAAGCUUUUGGCAUCUCAGGUGUUUCGCUUAAGGUUGUCAACUCAACCACAGGCACUGGAGAAAACCUAAGAAAUGCUUUAUGGCACACAGGCAACACUCAAGGACAGGUGCGCACUCUGUGGCAUGACCCAAAAAACAUUGGUUGGAAGGAUUACACAGCAUACAGGUGGCAUCUCAUCCACAGACCAAAGACUGGUUUUAUAAGGGUAGUGGUCUAUGAGGGAAAACAGAUCAUGGCCGACUCGGGACCCAUUUACGAUAAGACAUUUGCAGGAGGGAGGUUAGGCUUGUUUGUCUUUUCGCAGGAGCUGGUUUUCUUUUCCGACCUCAAAUAUGAAUGCAGAGAUAAGCCGGAGUACCGUACAGUGAUUCUCAAGACAACUGAACCAGGUUGGGAAGACAAUUCAAAAAGGGCGAAAGAGAAGACUCCUUUGCAGUAAACCACAUUGCUGAGGAUGUUUAAGCAUCAGACUUUGCACUUUGCAUGCUUGAUCCACUAACUGAAGGAGAUUUGGAAAAAAAAAGUCCUACUCACUUGUGAUCAAUACAACCCUUCUUUGACACAAAAUUUGAUGAAAGUGGAUUUUUUUUUAAAGCAUCCCAAAAAUUAUAUUUAGUGUACUUACUCUACUUUUUAGCCACUUUGCAACCACUUCAGCUUCAUUUUUUCCAAACAAAUAAUGUAAAAUAAAUAUGGACUAUAGCCAGAAAUGUCAAUAUUUUCUGAUUUUUCUGAUCCCAAUUGUGCCAUUUUUAGAUGCUGAACUUAAGUGGAGCAUUUCCAAAGAUGUUUAUAAUAAGUCUGUACUAUAAUUUCUUUUUGUAAAUUAUUUAAGCCUUGCCUUUUUGUUUUUUUUUUGUUGACAUUUUUGCAAGAUUGUAAAUAAUUUAUUUAUUUGUGUACACUGACUCAUAUAUAUGAAUAUCAAAAUGACAAGAAAACACAUUACAGUAUUGCAGUAUUUUCUUUUUGUGUGUAUUCUGAGCUUCCUGCGAGGUUAAAAAUCUAACAAAGAAAUUGUUGCAUUAAGUUUUUUUUUUUUUUAUUCUGUUUUGAAACAAUUUUUAUAGUUGAGUUUAUAUGUCAUCCUCAUAAUUUUUAGGCAACAUAAAAAAUAAAAUAAAAAAGCUGAUCUAUAUCUUUCAAGUAACAUGGAUGCUGUGGUUUUCAUUUUAGAGGAGUCCCGCUCAGAGCUUCAAAUGAUUUAUCAACACCUGAGAGUCUGAGGUUCAACAGUCAGCAUUUUAGUGUUGGAUUUGUGACGACUAAAUAUACAAAGUUAGAUUUUUUUGUUUCAUUCGAAAGUUAUAAAUAUCAAUACUGUUAUUUUUUUUUGCGUGGAAGUGUCCAGAAGUCAGUCUAUGAUGACGUUUGUUUUUGGUUCACUCUGAGGUGAAUUUCUUUUUUUACAAAAAUGCCCAUAAAUGUUUUUGCACACUUCUGUCUUUGAAUACACAUUUUCUAAAAAUAAAAGAAUGGAUCAAGUUUGCUUUAUUUAAUAAACAAAAACUUCUGUACUACUUUGUUGUUGUUGUUUUUUUACUUCAACAGAGUAUGCACAGACUAUUAAAAUCAAUGUGUCAAUUUUGGAAGCAUUUUUGGUACUUUUCCAUCUCUAAAGUGCACACAAGGAUCUGGGUUUUUCUGAGACAGGCCCUUCAAUCCUUUCAUUUGUGGAGUUUGUAGCUCACCCUCUGGACAAUAAAGGAAUUACAGCCU